AUGAGUGGCGUUACCAAGCCGCGCGCCCGUUCCCGGCAUCUUGACAUCUGGCUGCUGUGCACGUUCGGCUUCCUCAGCAUGGUGCUCUCGUCCAGUCUGGUACUGUUGUUCCACAUCUUCGGAAGACAACUUUUCCCGUACUACGAUGAGCCUCCGCCGUUCAAACUACCGUCCUUCGUGCUACCGUACUACUACGAGCUGAAUCUCAAGAUCUACCCCAUUCUGAACGCUAAACACGACUUUGGCGAGUACAACAACACGAUCCACGGUCAAGUGGAUGUGCACUUCAAGUGCUACGAGAGCACGUCGAUCAUCAUUAUGAAUGCUUACGACCUUAGCAUCUCUAAGUCGCUGGUGAUUCGCGAUCUCAAGGAAAUCGACCUGAUAGAAGUGAUUGGCAUCAGAUACUACCACGCCCAUCGGCAGGUGGUGUUCUUUCUGCAGAAGCCGUUGAAGAAGGGCCACAAGUAUGGAUUGUUCAUGAACUACAUCGCCAGGAUUGGGGAUGACAGGCUAAAGAACAAGGAGGAGAAGGUCGGAGCCUACACGAGUCCGGUGGACGAUAAUGAGAUUGAGUGAGUGUAAUAUCGUUAAUGGCUGAUUGUUUUUGCAGCAAAGUUCUGGUUACCCAAUUCCAAUUCUUCGAGGCCUCCAGGGUGUUCCCGUGCUUCGACGAGCCGGACAAGAAGGCCAAUUUCAAUUUGAAUUUAAUUUACCCCAGCGGCUACCAUGCCGUCUCUAACAUGCCGGAGGUCGGGACACACAACAUCAACAGGUGAGAUGUGUAUUCUUUACCUUGUUCUGAACUUAUUACUGUAACUACUACCGUUUCUCUGGACUUAUUGCAUGUAGAUUUAAACUAUUCACGUUAUGUUUGAAACGAAGGUCUAUUUUGUAAUACACAUCUUGCUCUCAUACUGUAUAUAACGUUAUACAAACAGGGUUACGAUCACAAGAGCAAGGUUAUCAUUAUGGGAGCAAGAUUACCUAAAAUAUAACACUUUCUUUAAAAGUAUAUUAAGUUAACGUUACAGACACUGGAAACACACAGAAUUCGAUUCGACUCCCCUAAUGUCGCCGUACCUGUUCGCUUUUUACAUUGGCAACUUUGGAGUAUCAGAAGUGGCAUCCAAUGGGUUCAGUAUCAGAUUCUUUGCUCGGAAUGACACUCUGCCCAGAGUACUACCGGCUCAGAAUCUUGCUGUAGCUGCUGUAAAUUACUUCCAAGAUUACUUUGGAAUUCAGCUACCGGUACCUAAAAUUGGUAGGUUUACUGUAACGUAUAGCUUUACUGUAAUUUUACUGUUUUACAAAAUAAUUAGCAUGGUAUUUGGUGUCAUGUUACUAUUGGUAUAGCAGGUGUCAUAAACUCAAAGAAAAUUUAUUAUUUUUUGGCCAAAAAGUUCAUAGAACUUUGAAAAAAUGCUAGUUACUGUGAAGUGUUUACAAUUACACAGCCAUUCUACAAACGUUUAGACAAAUACUGAGUAUCUAACCUUUAGAGAAACCUCGUAUUAUCAUUGUAGUAACUUUAGAAUAAGAUACGACAAUUUCAGACUUCAUUGUGGUUGGAAAGUUGAUUGUUGCGGGAAUGGAGAACUGGGGCAUGGUUACAGUACGCGACUCGGAAAUCAUAUUUGACUACGGUAUUUCUGACGACGAGAGGUUUUUCCAGAAGACAGCCGAUGUUAUUAUACAUGAGAUAUGUCAUCAGGUAAGGUUUUUUACUACUGUAUAUUUUGUAUUUCAAAACUUUUUGCAAUACUGUAAUUUUGGACCGCGCAAAAAAAUUAAAACUGCACGGUGCAAGGCCGAAAGCUUUCAAAGGUGACAUUUUGAACUAACGUAUUAUAUAUGACAUCUACAUACUUUGUGUACUCUUCUUGUUACAUCUGAAAUGUCAUCUUUCUUCGUAUACCAAUUAUACUACCCAUGCAUGUACGUAUGUAUAUCAUUUUAGUGGGUCGGUAAUUUGGUGAGUCCGAAGACGUGGGACGAGUACUGGUUCUUCGAAGGCAUGACAGCGUACAUCUCUAAUAAUGCCAUGUCACAUGUGGUCAAGGAUCCCUUCAUUGAGGUCUGUUCCAUGUUACUUUAGACUUUGGGUCACAAUUACAAUUAAAAAAGACGGAUAAUAAAAUGUACUGUGUACAGUAUGAUACGUACUUUGAUUAUAAUAGUAUUAACAGUAAAUUGAAAGCUUGUUACUUUAUCGACAGUAAUAGUGAUGUCGAGUCAAAAAAUUCAUAGAAAGUAAAACACAAUUCAAAAAUUGAACAAAUAUAACAUUCCACUAACUUUUUGACCGAUAUGAAUAUAAACAAACCUAUAUUUUCAUAUACAAAAUAUAACUUCAGGAGAUCCUCCGCUUCCGCGACAAAGAAAUGACAAUAGAUAUGGAUGAGAUUGGCGGUCAUGUAAUGAGGACGUUGAUAAAAGGUCCAGUAGUACACAGCCAGUUACCGUCACCCUUCUUCUACAAGAAAGGUUACUGUGUUCUGAAGAUUCUCGAAGCUACGAUAGGUCAGGAUACGAUUACAGAAGCCAUUCAACAGUAUUUAACCAAAUAUUCAUAUGGCUCAGCGACGGCCAAAGACUUUUUCGACAUUCUGGAUGAGUAUGUUGUUGUAGAUAUUAUUGUUACAACUUCAGUUAGAAAUUUUUUUUAGAAAAUUGAAUACAUAACUUUUGAAAAGCAUUUAAAGUUUGACAUCUUUUGAAGUUUUCAAGCUUACAUAGUGUGUUUUGGCAGAGUUACAGCCGUUUGAAUAUAUCAGAAGCCUAAAAAGUUAUAUUAUUAUAGAUCUUAUUUUUUUAAUCCUUUAGUUGACAAACAACGCCAACUUUACCUAAUUUUAUGCAAACAUAAAUAUAUUUGAUUCAGAAUCCUAGAAGCCCAGAAUCAUCCCCUACUAUCAAUGGGCAUCUCAUCGAUGAAUUUUGUCUACAGUUGGGCCACAAAUCCUGGGAUUCCAGAAGUCAGUGUCAAGAAACUGAAUGCUACACAUUCCAUCGUAUCUCAAGGCAUCUAUGACCCACUUGGUAUAAACAAUGAGAGGUUCAAGAACCUUGAUUGGAUUAUUCCAAUUGUUUACAACCACGAUGGUCAACAAGAAAUGGCAAUAUUAUCUAAUGGAGACCAAUGUAAGAUGGAUAACAUCACUGUUUUUGUUGAUUUUUGGUGUAUUUAUGCGGAUUUUGUAACUUUAAAGCUUGUUGAAUAUAGAAAAAUUAUUUUUUUUUUAAAUGACGGCUUUUUUAUGUCUCUUAUACCUAAACAUUAAAAAUAUCUAAUAAAGUCUAAAGAACUUGAAAAAAGCAAGAUUAUACCUGAUUUCAGUGCAAAUACCGACCAAAAUCAUCAGCCACAAAAUGUUAUACCUAAUAAAAUACGACCAGAACAGUGUUCUCGACCUCAUUGAUGAAAUGGACUCAGAAGACGAGCGUACCAACUUCUUUCUCAACGUCUACUUCUUGAUGUUGAAGGGCGACCUUCCUCUGGAUACUGUAAUCACGGCCAUGAAGAAGCUAUUGAACACAGACUCCAGAUUAAGUGUCUUUACCUACUUCUUAUUGUCCCGACAUUUAUUGACCAUUUUCUACGACAGCCCGCUUAGGGCGCAGCUCGAACUUGUAUUCGGCCGACCGUUGGAGGAUGCUUUUGAUGAAUAUGUGGUUAACUACAGUAAUGACUUUGGUAUCCAUAAACAGUAAGUUGAAAUAAACGUUUAGACCUAUUUAAGCAUAUAAGUGAAUUUAAAAGAUUAAUGAAUUUAGUGGAACUAAUUAAUGUUAUCCUUGCAGACAUCUCGCUGAAACUUUGAUGUUAUUCAUGUGUGAACUACAAUACAAACCAUGUGUGUCGAUGGCCAUAAAUUAUUUAAAGGACAUUAAACAGAGCUGUGAGAACACCACGGAAAGAGAUUGCAUCGAGUAAGUAGAGCUACUAUAAUAUAAUUUCGAAAAUUGUUUAAAUUUCAAAGAAUUUUGACUUUCUAAACUUACAAGGAAAGUACCCUAACUGCCCCGCUCAGAAUCAGCUCAAAAUUUUUAUAUGAAUUCUUUGUACCACCAAUGGUACCCAUAAAAAAUUUUAGCUCGCGCUCUUGAGGUUUAAAUUUAAAUUAUUUGGGUACCCCGCCAAUUUGGCAAAUUUGGCAUUGUGUUUCAAGCACUUUUUCGGCUUUCCAGACAAGAUACGCUUACAAUUUAAAAAUGUAGGUUUAUUUAAAGGUUUUCUACUAGUAUAUCAAAGAAAAAUUAUUAAAAGUCAAAACCUGACAAAGUUACAAGCUUGAAACACAAUGCCAAGUUGGCGGAAAAUUCAAAAUGGCAUUUUUUAAUCUCGAUUUUCUCGAGAUUUCCUGAAAAGCGCGAUUUAGUACUUUGCUGAAGAUCUUAUAUUUACAUGAUCUUUCUAUAUAAAAAGUUUGAAAUCAAUCAGAGCGGGGCAGGUCGGGCACUUUCCUUGUUAAUGGAGUUUUUGAAAAGAUUAUUAAAAUAUAGAUUCUGUAUUACAAAUCUUUAACUACAAGUUCCUUCCGUUUAGUCAGGAAAACAAAGGACUUGUGACAUUAACAUAGACUAAAGAUGACGCCUUUGUUUACGCACGUUUAAAGUUAUUUCUGGCUGUAGUAAUUAAAAGAAAGAUCAAAACUUUGAUGAAAUGUUACAUUUUUUAUAAUAAAGUACCAAAUUUUAGUUUUUAGAGUAAGCUUUAGGCCAGAAUAUUUCGAUAAUUUACUAUAAUAUGUUAUAAUACCUUAUCUUAAUAUGCUAUCCCACUAUACUACGAUUCGUACUCGCAAACAGUAAAGCUUAAGAGCAGAAAUGGGUUUAUAUUUAUAAAUUUUAGGUGUCAUUACAAUCCGUCAUCCCUUUUUUAUUUCCUUAACGUAUUUUACACUUGCAGUACACCUAUACCACUACGAAGAGGUAUCUACAACACAAUCGUAUCUACGGGAAACCAGAAAGACGUUAAGUUUUUACAAACGGCGAUAACACGCAGAACAGACUACAGUAAACUCAACAUAGCCUUCUCUUUCCAAUCGUACGACGACAAGGAUGGGAAGUACGAUGAACUUCAGAAUCCGGUAGCCAGUGUAACGUUGAAGGGCAAAGGCGCUCUUAAGAACGGAGUCAGUAUGAAAGUAAUCGACUUUGUGAGGUCGUUUGUAACGGAAAACUGCAAAAAACGACCCGUCUCUCACUUUAGGUUCUUGAUGAAGUCGCUGGAGUUCGCUUCUCUCUACGCCAACGACUUCAUGGACGACUUCUUCAGACACAACAACUGCACGGAGGUUUUCAUAGCAUCCAAGACGCCCGAAUUCGGAUGUGAGAUGCUGAAACGGCGCAGCGAUCGUAGGAAAAGCAUAUUUUUAAACAAUGUGGACAUUUUGUCAAAAAUCGUUUAAAUUCCGUCAUAUCACUUAUCGUAACUGUUACAAUAAACUUAAGUUAUGUGUAUUAAUAUGUAUCAAGUUGUUUUAUAAAUUCUAAAACGUUUUCUAUGACGUAUUUUCAGUUUUUACAAACAAUAUAAACUAACUUGUACAAAAGCUUUUACAAACACAAUAAAAUCAGAGAGUUUUUAUCGUAUAAUAUGGCAAUGCAGCCUGCAGUUCGCAAGAAAAAUAAAAUAUUUUCGGAAAAAUAUUGCAAUUCCGUUUCUUACGAUAUAAGGAAGCGCUUACCAAAGUUUGUGAUAAAAUAACCUUCAAGAUGACGGAAGAAUUUGCUCAAGCAGUAGAAGUAGUUUCAGAUGUUACUAAAGAUGAACAGGUUGAGGACGUAGAGAUUGAAGAGUUGUCGUUCCGUCUGAAAAUUGUGAACUUCCCUAAAUUUUUAAAGUACCCACAAGUAAAACAGUUUCUUGAAAGGUAAGUAGAAUACAUUAAUAUUUUAGAAAUUUUUUUUUGAACUGAAUUUUGAUUGUUUUUGAUAUCUUGUGCUAAUUUUGUUUUUUCAGCAAUCUAAAAGGUUUAUCAUGGAGAAAGCUGAAGGCUGUACCUGGAGUGGCCUACUUCAGUAUGACGAACGAAGACGAUGUUUUAAAGGCUUUGGAGACGAUAAAUAACAAACAGUAUAAGGGGAAGACCUUGGAAGUUAAGAGGGUUGCCAAUGAAAAGGAACAAACCGCUCGGGUAGGCCGUCUAUCUUAAUAUUCUUUUUUUAGAACGUGCCUAUGCUUUAAAUAGCUUAUAAAUGGUUAACGAAUUGUACUUCAUUAAAUAAAGUACAUUUUCAAUUGUCUUUAGAAGCCAAAUCCAGAAGACAAAAGGCUGAAGACGGCUUCGGAGAUCACAACACCUUAUAGUAACAUGGCUUAUGAGAAACAACUGGAGAUCAAGUUUGAGGAGUGUAAGAAGACUGCUUUAUCUUUCAUACGACAACUCAAAGAUGCUCAUUACGAGGGUGCUAGGUAUCUGAGAGCUGAACAGCUCGUUCGACCGGUAAGAUUACGUUGUUUUUAAUGUUUAGGUAACUGGUUCAAUGUGAAAAUGUCUGAGAGAUCUUUUUAAUAUCUGGUUUAGAUAAUAAGAUCACCAGUGUUGACCAACUAUCGUAACAAAUGUGAAUUCACGGUAGGAAGAGACAGUAAUGGAGAGCCUUGUGUUGGCUUCGUAUCUGGCAGGAUGGCCGAAAGGGAAAUUGUUGUUGUUUCGCCCUUCGACUCGGUUAUUCUGACUGAGAACACUUAUGCUAUUGUUAAGAAAUUCACGGAGUAUGUCAAGGCAUCUGGUAAGUCUGACUUUUUUGUUACUAAAUACUUACAAACUUAUGAAAACCUGUAGACGAGAUGUGGCAGGGUAUUUUAUAAAAUUCAAUAUAUAUUUUUCAGAUUUGCCAGUAUUCGAGGAGUUUGAAAGAAGCGGGUUCUGGAAGAUGUUGACGGUGCGAGACUUUGUGGGUGAUUGUAUGAUUAUAUUCACCACCCAUUCGUUGGAAGAUGCUGAGAAGUUACAGAAGGUUCAAAACGAGUUAGUAGAGUUGUUCCUUAAGUUUGGAGAUGUAAAGCAAGAAUUGGAAACACGAGUAACAUCCGUUUACUGGCAGAUUCUGGAAAACGCUAGCGAUCCUGUCGUGUAUCAGCAUUUGGCUGGUGAGUUUGAUGAUUAACAGUUUGAGGAGAUUUAAUUUGUUUUAUUAAUUUAAAUUUUUUAAAGUUUAUUUCACAUUACUGUAAACACUACAUGUCCUCAUGUAGUUUUUGAUAUAGUGAGUCUAAAAUUGACAACUACUAUUAAAAAUUGUUUUAGGUGUACCAUACUUGUACGAGACCGUUUUGGGCGUUCGAUUCAGAGUAUCUCCAGCUACUUUCUUCCAAACCAACUCACGAGGAGCAGAAGUGCUGUAUAGUACUAUUGGAGACGCUCUAGGGCUACCAGUUAUUCAAGCUGAGUCGGCCGCUGGUAUCAAAACAGAAGAUGUACCAACCGAUACUCACAAUGGAGGCCCUGAAGCAAAGAAACCAAAAUCUGAAGACAAAGCGGAUGUGACAGAGGUUAGCGAUACUUUAAAAGCUUGAAUAUAGAUUUAUACAAUUUUGAUGUAGGUUGUAUUUAUUACAAACAAGUAAAUCGGAACUUGUAGAAUGUAAAUUGCUUUAUCAAUAUAUCUUUUUUUAAAUCUAUAUGCUUCAUUGUAGAUCGAGAAUGGUUCUACAACAAAGCCUACGGUUGUACUGGAUAUUUGUUGUGGUGCUGGUACUAUCGGACAAUGCUUGUUGAGACGACUGGAGAGAGGGUCAAUGAAAGAAGCUAGCAAGUAUCUGUGUGUUGGUGUUGAACUGAUUGAGCAAGCUGUCAAAGAUGCCAGAGUCAACGCUAAUGACAAUGGUUUUGGAGAAAACAAGUAAGUGUUUAUUCAAAUGUUGAGGUACAAUUUGGUAUCUUAUAAAAAUUGUAUGUUUUUGUUAUUUAUAGAAAAUAUUAUUGUUUUUCGUACUCAUUUUAUAAAUUUAUCGUUUGUAUUUGUAGCUGCCGCUACCUGAGCGGCCAGGCCGAAGUCAUUUUUCCCGGACUCCAAUACCAUUUACCUAAAGGCAUAACGCUGGAAGAGAGUGAAGUAGUCGGCGUACUAGACCCACCCAGAGCUGGUAUCACUACAAAAGUCAUCAUAAGUUGUCGCAAACUGGAGUCCCUAAAGAAGUUGGUCUAUGUCAGUUGUGACCCCAAGGCAGCUUUGAAAAAUGUCGUUGAUCUAUGUCGCCCAACUUCCAAGAAAUACGAAGGCGAUCCGUUCAAGGUAGCCUUCAUUCAACCCGUCGACAUGUUCCCACAGACUUCUCACUUCGAAUGGGUUAUUCUUUUGCAUCGUUAG